GGAGGCAGGAGAGGGAGCGGGUAAAGGGAGAGAGAGUGAGAGAGAGAAAGAGGAGGAGGUAGCGGGGACACGGUAACCUGCAGGAGGACUCACAUGGUCCUGCAGCAGCGGAUCCCAGACCAUCAGGACUCUCAAACCCCUAACACUCUAGCCCACGUCUUCUUCCCCAACACCACCCCUCCUCCUGUAGUCUUAUUUUAUUUUCGCAUCCUUGCUCCCGCAGCCCAGUGUUGGGGUCGGACUUGGGCCGGCAAAGCAGCGCCAUGGCUCGGGAGAACGGAGACACCACCGGCAGAGGGGAAACGUGGAAAAAACAAGUCGACGACAUUAAGAAGAUUUUUGAUUUUAAAGAAGUCCUCGGCACAGGGGCGUUUUCAGAGGUGGUCUUGGCCCAGGAGAAGCUGACCAGCCGUAUGUUUGCAGUGAAAUGCAUCCCUAAGAAGGCUCUGAAGGGGAAGGAGAGCAGCAUCGAGAAUGAGAUUGCCGUGCUGAGGAAGAUCAAGCAUGAGAACAUUGUGGCACUGGAAGACAUCUACGAGAGCCCCGACCACCUCUACUUGAUUAUGCAGCUGGUGUCUGGCGGCGAGCUGUUCGACCGAAUCGUGGAAAAAGGAUUCUACACGGAGAAAGACGCAAGCACGCUGAUCCGGCAAGUCCUGGACGCCGUUAACUACCUGCACAAGAUGGGAAUCGUGCACCGAGACCUGAAGCCAGAGAACCUGUUGUAUUUUAAUCCUCAAGACGAGUCCAAGAUUAUGAUCAGUGACUUUGGUCUUUCAAAGAUGGAGGGCAGCGGUGACGUCAUGUCAACUGCCUGUGGCACACCAGGAUAUGUGGCUCCAGAGGUUCUCGCCCAGAAGCCGUAUAGUAAAGCGGUCGACUGCUGGUCCAUUGGAGUGAUCGCCUACAUCUUGUUGUGUGGUUAUCCUCCAUUCUACGACGAAAACGACUCCAAGCUGUUCGAGCAGAUCCUGAAAGCUGACUAUGAGUUUGAUGCACCGUACUGGGAUGACAUAUCAGACUCAGCCAAGGAUUUCAUCAGCAGACUGAUGGAAAAAGACCCAGCCAAGCGUUUCACUUGUGAACAGGCGCUCAGACACCCCUGGAUCGCUGGGGAUACGGCUCUCUGCAAGAACAUCCAUGAGUCAGUCAGCCGGCAGAUCAGAAAGAACUUUGCCAAGAGCAAAUGGAGGCAAGCGUUCAAUGCCACUGCCGUGGUUCGGCACAUGAGGCGGCUGCAGCUUGGCAGCAGCAUGGGGAGCAGCAUUGAUGCGUCCAACCCACCGACUAGGCCGAGUCAGACGCAGAAGUCAGCCCAAAGCCAGAGCCAGGCGGGCCAGAACCAACCGACUCAAAGCCAAAAUACCGGCCAGACGGCGCAGAGCCAGAGCACCAGCGCUGUCGCCAGCAAGAUCUCUUCCAUCGAUAACAACAUAGCAGCUCCCCAUAAGGAAUGUGUCACUGCACCAGUCACACCCUGCAGCCUGGCAUCUGCAGCCUCUUCUCCUGCCACGGGGACAGAGCUGAACCGGCCACACCCAUCUGCGGUCCCCGCCCCGGUUCUCACGGAAACCAAGUGACGCCAGGUCCCGCGGGGAACCAGCUGGGAGGCCACGGCGCUGUGAAGCAGGGAGAGCGGGAAAGAAAGAGAAAUCGAGGACGACCAGUGAGGAAGACGAUCGCCCUCUUCUUUGUCCCUCCCUCUCUUCGCUUUACUGCCUCUCGGAUAGGCCCCCUAGCCGGUACCCCGCCCUGCUCGUGGGAGAGCAGAGGACUUUACCGCCACCCCACCAAUUCAAGCCACCAUUGUCAUACUGCACACCCACCAGGAUGUCGGCGUAAAACUCGUCCUGCCACAGCCACAGCACACCCACUGUCUCACACUGGGGAUGUUCACACAGUUGGCUUUGAUCAUUACCUGAUAAAAGGGUGUCCACUGCUCCACGUGUGAGCUGCAUUUGGUGGUUCACGGUGGAGCUGCUGGUGUCAUAGAAGUUUUAAAUUGAUCUUUCCCGCAUCAAUUUAUUUAGGUUUUUUUUCCGACUUAGGUUUGACUGUUGGCAAACGGAUUGUUUUACUUUUAUUAACUGCUGUUAAAUUUAAAGACGCUAUGUGUAACAAACAUAUCAUUGUCAAAUUGAUAUUGCUACCUUGGCAUAAUUAGUGUAAACAAAUGAGACAAUACCCAAGAUGAACCACAUGUAGUUCCUCUUUAUCAAUAGCUGUUGUUGUGUUAGGAUCUAAAUUAGAACCCAAUUCCCAUCAUCGCCAGAUGCUUGGUCUAAAAACAGCAAAUCUCACUUCCUGUUAAUCAAACACAUCUCCCUGUCAAUCUGACCUGGUAAUUGUGGAACACAGAAAACAGACGGUCAUUGUUUUUUUUUUAAACACAAAUGAUGCAGAUGUAGCAAAUUCAUGUUGACAGUGGUUUAUCCGUGUAAAAAUGCCACACAUAGCACCUUUAAGACAUUUGUGUGUCCUUAUGGGCUUGGUUGUCUGUUUGUUUGUUCGUGCUUUAGGAAGUGCUUUAAAAGUACCAUAUGACUGUUGAGAUGUGGAAACAUGAGUAAGCGCUUUAUCUAUUUUGCACAGAAAGGAUCAGACAUAGAUUAGCUGCCAUUCACAUGUGUUUAUCAGAGAGAGUAGAGAUUGUAAACCUUUAUUGAUUGGAUGUCAGAGCAUUAUACAACUUGUUUAUUGUCUGAAAGAUUCUGAUUUGUUUAUUAUUUUCUUACUUUAUUAAACUUUUAUAAUAAUUGCCCUUUAAGGGACACACAUAAUGGUUAUUAUGAAACAUGGAAUAAGUUUAGGAUAGAAUUAGAACACAUAGAGAUAAGUAUUUACUGGAAAACACGUCCAGGUAAAAAAGUCAGAAACUAAAGAUGGAUUGUCAUUAGACUUCCCAAGGAGCUACAGGCAGCGCAGCAUAGUUACUAAAAGAAAGGCCUUGUGGGUCCUCAGAGACACAAUCCAGAAUGGAGAAGCUGUAGCCUGCCGUCGUUCUUUAUGUCUCUACCGAAGCCAUGAUCUCAUCUUCUUUAUUUGUCAAGCUGCACCCAGUCCAGAAGUGCUCAGGGAAAACUGCAGCUGCACUGUGCGCUGGUGAACACCAGUUUCCUGAUUUAGUCUUUUUAUUUUUGGGGUUUGUCACAGUCCGGCUGUUCCAGGCAGCAUUGCAGUUAAUGAUCCAGGCUUCAGGACAUUAGCUGUGUCCUUACUGUAGUGUUGUGUUGGUGCGCGACUUGAGCAUUGAUAAUUUAGACCUGGACUACUAUUGACCAUAUACAUACGUGGGCUCACUGCAGGCAACAGCAGGGCAUCGAUGCUUACUUUUGAAGCUUUUUUUGAAGCAUUUUCAAAAAACGUCAUGAAAUGUAAUUAAAGACUGAAAGCAGCGAUUCACCAACCAUUUAAACUUUUUGACACUGGCUGAUACCUGCAGCACUUUUCAAAGAAGUUGGGACAGGGGCAUAUUUCCUAAUCACCACUUAUUUCAAUUGUUUUGAAAAACCUGGAGACUGAUUGCUGUAGUUUUAAAAGAAAAAAUGUUUAUUCCACUAUUCUUUGAUAUUGGAUUUCAGCUGCUCCGCAAUGUUUCUGAUAGCUUUCAGAAGCAUUUCUGAGCACAUGCAGUGAUUUCCAUUAAAGAAAAGCAACAGCAGCAGCAGUAAGUUGCAACUAACCUGUCCUAUGGUGGCUUAAUUCCAGUUGAUGAUCUCUAUGGACGGUUCAUGCUUGUCAGUGUAGCCCUAAAACAUGUGCACAGACAGUUUGGAGACAGAAGUGUCCCCAGGUUAGGCUUUACCACCUUUUAAGAGAUUACAGGGCUGUACUGAUGUCACUGGUGAUGUGUGCAACACCCAAGUCCAGGUUUUUUAGGCAUUAAUCUACUUUUCCAGUCGUUAUUUCUGCCCCAACUCUUUCAAACUUUUUGCUGUUUUCAAAUAUAUAAUGAGAAUAAUGUGUUUUAUCUAAACAUAAUAACAUUUCUCACUAUCAUUACUUCAUGUUUUCUUUAUGCUAUUUUCAAUUCAGUGCGGAGGUUAGCACAUGGUAAAUCAAUGCAUUCUCUUCGUUAUUUACAUUCUACAUGUUGUCCCAACUUUUUUGGAAACAGGGCUCUAAAUAAAUGCACAGAUCCAUGACUCAGUCAGUAUUUUUGACUACUAACCUGACUUUUGUUUUCUUCACUUAAUGGAACUCUUGAACAUGGCUAAUGGCCUUUCCUGUCCCAGAAAGCAGAGCUGUACAAUGUAGGGUGCUCACUCACACAUAUCAGAUUGUCAUGUCUUUAUUCGAUGCAAUUUUACCGAUCCCUUUAUUGAAUUGUAGCCAAAGACUAUUGCUUGGUAAUGAAGACAAUUUGGUUCAUUCUGCAGUGCUUGACAAAUUAGAACAAAACUAGCCAGAUUUGAAGUUGUUCAAGAUGGAAACUAAGGGCUUAAUUAUAGCUGCAAAAUAACCUAAAGAGAACGUUUUGUGACCUUUUAUCUUUUCAUAAUCUGUUGCCAUUUACAUUAUUUUUUUUGCUUGAAUUAUCUUGCUAAAAAACUGCAAAGUAUUCAUAGUGCUUCUCUCAAUAUGUGGCAGUAUGAGGUGGGUGUGAGGCCACAUUUGGAUAAAAUUUGGGUUAAGGUGAAAAUGACAGUAAAUCUACACUCACCGAAGUUUUCUGGAAUUCAUUUUUGGUUCACUGCACAGUUCUGUGUGUUAGGCUCCAUCUACCAUCUAGAUUAUCAUCUCUUUUGCCCUCACUGAAAGGAUAAGGAGUAAUGUUUCUAAAGUAUUUCUGCAUUUUUCCUAUCGUCCUAUCGUAAUGACAAAGUCACACUAGGGUAAAAGUGGCUGAAGAUUGCAGCAUGUCCAAAAUUACUGUGGCGAUGUAGAACGAUAUUAUGAUCUUGCUUCCUUUGAAAUGGUUGCUUCGAACACUGGGACCAGUCUGCAACCACUCGCAGUCAGCUGACCCCUUCAAAGCAACUUUGGUGUGUCAGGAAGGCAAUAAAAUGGCAAUAAGACCAAGUCAGUCUGCUAUCAGUUUGUGAUGGAAUGGAAACAAGUUGGUAAUUACAUGCAGUCUGUUUGUGAUAACACUCAUUGACUUUGAUAAAUUGGUUAAAAUUGCUAAUUUGUUGCCAUCUUCAUACACAGAAAUUCAUCAGAACCUCAUAGAUUUGAAACAGACUCAGAAAUGACUCUAUAAGUAAUGACUUAGUUGCUGCAUGAUGGCAAUUUAUUCCAAAAAUGGCAUAGGUGCUUGGCAACCUUGCAUUUAUAUUGGAAUAUAACUAGGCUACAACCAGUUGGCAACCAGUUGAGACGAAUCCUCUUGCAAAUGAGUUGCACUCACGAGCACACACUGACUGAGAUUGAUUGCAGUGUGUUGGCAAUUUGUCUGUUUUUAAAGUGUGUUAAUUUACACACCAAUUAUUUCUAAAUUCUGCCACUCAGAGUCUGUGUUUGGAGACAGGUUGCUUUCGUCACUAAAAGCAGAAAACUUGAAAAUGCAAGUUCCAGGUCAUCAUCCUAUUUUUCUCUUGCAUAGACUAAGCCAUAAUCCCACAAAAAGUCCAAAACCAGCAUUGUGUUUAAUGUAUCUUACCUAGUUUACAAAGUUCUUGCCCCAUCUGAAGCUCUGACCCCAGAGUCCUUCCUUCUGUUGGUUUUUCAAAAAUAAGAUGUGGGUCCAAGUAUGUGAGUGUGAUGAAGCAAAAUUUCCAGCCUAAUCCAGCAGUGUGUUUAAGGUGAUGUGUUUCUAAUAGGUUUCGGCCAAAACAUUAUGCACAGAAAACACCUGUUUUUGUAGGUGCGCUCGUUUUUGGCUUUGCUUGAAGGUUGUUCAGGGGAAGAAAAAUGUAAUUUAUAAUCUUUUGAAGGAUGACAACAUAGAAAUCCAUUAGCUAUAAUACACAAUGUAAAGUCGCAGAAAGACCAUAAACUACUGAUUAUGUAUUUUAGGUUAAAGUUCAGUUAGUCACAUUAUGGGAUGUGGACCCACCCCAUAUUGGAGAAAUAAAAAGUCAGUAUAUCUUUAGCUUUUCAUUCUGUCUGUGGCAGUGGGAUAUUUGACAUUUUAAAUAUCCUUUUAAUGGAUAGAAGACUGCAAAAACCACUAAUCAUGCUGCAGUUGUUGUUUAUAAAACUACAGUCUCCGCAGAAUGUACUGUUUUUCAAGCACUAUAGGAUAAAUUGUAAAACUUGCAUAAUAUGUGGUGACACUACUGAUGCAGAGCAGAUACUUCUCGGUGUCAUGAAGACUAUUCAUUGGCUGAAAACACUUCUGUUACUUUAUGCACAAUGCUGUAGCAACCAAGCAAGUCUGAAGUUCAAUGAGUACAGUACAGUAUGAAUAUUUAAGGCAGUGCGUGUCAGGGCAGUCAAAAAAGAAACAAACUUCUAAUAUUUGAACUGCUGCACACAUGCCUGCACACAGAUAGUUGAGAUUUCUGAAGUUUUGCAUUUAUUCCGACACAUUUUUCUGAGAGGAAACUAAUCCGACUCUGACGUCAAUGUAUACCGAAGGGAACUUUCUACCAUGUAAGGGCUUUAUUCCAAUGACCACCUUAAUCUUAUUCUUCACUGUUAUCGCGUCUAUUUACCCAUUGAUUGCUAUGCAUUUUUUAAAAACAUUUGAAGUGUGUUGUCAAUGCUUUUUAUUUCUGGAAAAAAUGAUCAGGAAACAAAGGAAAACAUCAGCAGCUCUAUUUAAAUCUAUUCAAGACCAUUUCACUCAUUUACCUAUUAUUAUUAAAUUUGAAUGAGCUACAUUAGGGAUUUAAGAGGUUGUUCAAAGAGGUUAAUGAAUUAGGAAUACCGUUCAUUAAAUGUGAAGUCGUACACUUUAGCUUGGACGUGUGGGCUUCUGAAUGUGCUGUGAGGCAGGCAGAGGGUUCAGGUUCAUGCUCCUCUGUGGUUUUAUGUCUGCUGUUUUUGUUUGCUACAGAGAGAGAGAACAUAAAUGUAAUCCAAAUGAGUCUUUCCAUGUUAAAGAUGCUACUGUAAAUAGAUUGUGAAUACUGAUGAUCAUUUUCAAGGUAAUAUUUACGAAUGUUUUGCUGUACAGGCAUGUCUGAGUGAGUGAAUGAAUGAGUGAGUUUGCAAGGGAAGUUGAUUGUAUCCUCUAUGGAAUGUUUUAAUGUAAAAAAAAAAAAUGUAACAAAAAAAAGCAGCUUCAAGUCUCCUUUACUUCCCGACUUUGUGGUUAGCUUUCAGAAACUGUCUGGCAGCACGUGACUGCUAUCAGCAGAGCUGCACAGCGCAGUCUAAUGCCAUCAGUGUUCCACCAUCACUUCAGUGUCAGUCCAACUAAAAAGGUGAAAUCAUCGUUUACUGAACUCAGGCUUACGUUUUUGUUUUUUUGCCAUUCUAAAGGAAGAAAUCCAAAGCUGUGACCGACUCAGAAACACACUGUUACGGACAUUCGCUCUCUCCACUUUGAACUCACCAUCCUUUGACUUUUCUUUCUUUCUUUUUUUAUGAAGAAAAAAAACUGCACCUUCAUGAAAAAACACAAGCAUGUUGAAAAAAAGUGCUUCAAGAUUUCAACUUUACCAUGAGUGUUUGCAUAAUCUUAUAUGCCCUUGUAUGAUGUUCGUAUCUCUGUAUUAUGUGAAGACGUACACAGGUUGAGAUGACCGGGUCCACAAGAGCCAAGCAGAGUAUUUGUUCUAACUGGCAAAAAUUUACCCCUGGAAUUACUUACUAUUAUUAUCAUUAUUAUUAUUUGCUGGAUUAAUUCUGUUUAUUACUAUGAAAGUUGCUUUAAUUCUGCUAAUUAGAAUGACUGUGUUGUCAUGUGACUGGAAGUAAAUGCAUUUAUAUUGCCUUUUUUCAGGUUUUUAUUAUGCAAAUUGAAAAUACACUAAAUAGUGGUUGUGUCACUGAAUUUAUACUUAAAGCUGGUUUUAGUUGUAUGGAAGUGAAAUGUAUUCAGAAUGAACAAGAUGACUUAAAAUCUCAAAAAGAGCCUUUCCUUGCUUGAAAACUAGAUUUUAUGAAAGCAGUAGUUGGUCAUAAGCUGAGUUUCAUCUAGUUUUUUUGUUUAGGUUUAAAAUUUGCAGUGCAUUGUGGGGCAAGUAGUUUCUAAUAGAUGUUGUCAAAAGCAUGCCAGCUGACCUUUUUUUAACACACGGAAGUGUUUGCUGUGUAAGGAGGUUCUGAAAAAUCAAUGAAGAAUAUUAAUAGGAAAUUUGGAAUUAGGGAUUACUAUUAAGCUCUUUUCAAGAAAACUGCCUUUUAUUUUUCUUGUCAAGUGAAUGCAUUUGCACUUAUGUGCAAUUGUGUUUUGGCAUAGAGUUCUCAUCUAAGGCAUCUAAAAACUGAAUCAAAAGUGCAAAUAUAAAGAACUUUUAGUUUCAUGAUUUUAAAAUGCAUUAUGUUAGCUUACCAUAUGUGCGUUAGCUUUUUAUUUAGUUUGGCUAAGUUGAUAACGUAUAUUGUGUAGCUAAAUUCUCUGAUACUUUCCUUACUUAUUUGUAUGUCAUAAAUGCAAAGGCUAGAGAGUUUAAAAUAUAUAUAUAGCUACUGACUGUGUGUUGUAUGUAGACUAAUUAGCGGGGGUGGUUUUACCUAGCUAAAGUCUAUACAAUUGUUCAGUAGUUAUUGCAUUUUGUUGAAACUUACAAGGAACUACAAGCAUGUAUUUGAAUUGUUACCAACUAUUUCAGUGUCCUCUUAGACUGCAAACGUUGUUAGACUUUGUUAGCAUUAGUAAAUGCAUUAGCUAGCUUUGGUUUAGCUGAUGCUAAAAACACUCCACCACCUCUAACCUGAACAGCUAACUGACCAGUUGAGAGAAUCUCUCUCGCUAAGAUUUCUUUGUAGAACUAAAACUCUACACAUGCUGCUCUUUGGCCCCUGGUGUCUCCCUGUAGGUGUCCUUGUCCAGAGCCUGCUAAUUUAACUGGCUGUAUUUACUCUCUGCAUGUGACCACAACAAACUCUCAUCCUGUGCACUGUCGUUACGUCGACGAUGCCCUCACCUAUCGGAGCGGCCACUGCCUGCCGCACUUAAAUGUGGUGUGAUAAUGAUGAUUUCGAUGAUGAUGAUUUUCUGUUGAUGGGGCUUGUAUAUCAGAUGCCUUUGACAAUCAUGUGCACAUAUCAGAGUUACCAUAACAACACAGGCCAGAGCGACUGAUUGUGUUUUGUUUGUCUUUUCUCCUGGAAUAAAUCCUGAAUGAUCGUAAAAUGA